CUUCCACUUCUCGUCGAUCGAAGGUAGUCCAAUGUAGAACGUACCUUCUAACCUUCUGCUGUACUAGAGGUUCAUUUGUGCAGUUUCAAUCACAUCCAUCCCCAAAAAUGGCCGCUGUUGGAGGAUUUAAAGCACCCGUCAACGUUUCACCUCUUAUCCGAUUUUCAAGGUGGACACUGCUCAUUGCUGGCAUUUCUUAUGGAGCCAUCCGACACAGCAGGUUGACUGUCAAGGAAACCAAGCUGCGAGAGGAGGCAAGGCUUGAGGCUAUUCGUAUGGCACCCAUUCUGAAGGCUGAAAAGGAGCGUCUCCAGAAGGCUGAGAUGGCUGAUCUUGAGAAGACCAUUGGAUCUAAACUGUAAGAAGUGUUCAUUGUAGUUUAUGUUCAUCCUCACUCCCAAGAAAUGUAAAAUAUGUGGAAACUUGUAAAUUAUGGCUUUUAAUACCAGUUCCAAAUAAUUAAACAAUAUAGUACCAAAUUA